GUGCCGUCGACGUACACGAGCGACAGCAAGAAGGAGGCGCUGUGCCUCGAGUACGUGCGCCACUUCCGCGAGAAGUUCACGGCGCUCUUCCCGGACCGGCGCGAGCUCUUCCUCAUGCCCCGCAACGAGUGGGGGCUGCCCAAGUUCGUGUGCACGACGCUGCGGCCGACGCUGCUGCCGUACCGCGAGAUCUACGACUUCGGCACGCUGGCCCACUUCGUGGCCAACUACCUCCACUACGAGCCCCUCGAGUCGCCCAACGAGUACCCGGAAGUGCUGCCGUCGCCGACGCAGGUCCUCGACUGGAAGGUCGGCGACUGCUUCGACUUCGCGGUGCUCCUCUGCUCCUACCUCCUGGGCGCGGGCUACGACGCCUACGUCGUCUAUGGGUAUGCCCCGUCCUGGAUCUGCCUCCGGGACCAGAGCGACACGAUCGUGCCCAUCUUGGAGCGCGAGGCCGAGGAGGCGGCGAAGGCCGCCGUCGCGCAGGAGGCCAAGGCCAAGGAGGUGGGCGACGGCGCGCCGCCGACCUACGAGGCGAAGCCGCGGGGCGUGCCGACGAGCCGCUACGUCGCCCAGCAGGAGGCGGAGCGCAAGGCCGCCGAGGCCAAGGCCGCGGCCGCGAACGACGACGACCUCGAGGCCGACGCGGCCGCGAAGCCCCGCGCGGAGGCGCCCGAGCCGCCGAAGCAGCUCCACGCCUGGGUCAUGAUCCGGGGCUUCAAGCGCGACGUCCAGUCCACGGUCUACGUCGAGCCGACGACGGGCCGCGCGUUCUCGCCCGAGGCCGCGCCGUACCGCGGCGUCGAAGCGGUUUGGAACGCGAAGAACUACUGGGUCAACAUGCAGGGCACGGACGUGCCCGUCGGCGAUUUAGAUUUCGACCUGGUGAACUCGGAUCUGUGGGAGUACGUCUUCAUCGACCCCGCGAGCCAGGCGGGCGGCUCUGGCGCGCGCGCGGAGGACGACAUGUACACGGAGAACGCGGACGGCAUGGACGGUUUGGGGGGCGCGGCGUCCCUCGACGGCGACGAGGACGACGGCAACCUGCUCGACAUCCCGCCGAGCUGGGUCGCGAAGCUCGCGGUGAGCCGCGGCGACUUCGCCUUGCGAUACCCGCCCGACGGCCAGCGGACGACGCUGUACCACAAGGCCAAGCUCGAGCUCUUCGCGGAGAACCACCACGACCAGGGCAUGACCGUGCGCCUGUUGAUCUACAAGGACGCCGCGCGGACCGUCGUGAAAGAGUGCCGCGAGACGUUCCUGAAUCGCCGCGACAAGCUCAGCCACCGCGUGCGCUUCCCGUUGGAGGGCAAGCUCAUCGAGGAGUUCCUGCCCGGCCGCGUCUUCAGCCUGCGCCAGCUCGUCGAGUACACGGGCCGGCGCCGCGAGCUCUACUUCUACGUGACCGCGCGCCAGGACGGUUUGGUGUGCCGCGAGGACGACAUCGGCCACAAGAUCAUCGAGCGCUUCGAGGGGCGGCCGGACCAGCUCGUCUACCGGUCCGUGUCCGUGAAGCAGGACCGCGUCACGGGGUCGAACAAGCCCCAGUACACCUUACCCGGCGGCGAGUCGGCCGGCGAGCUCAUCGUCCAGAAGAUGACGCAAAAGUUCGUGCGCAACGCCGCCCGCAAGGCCGACGAGGACGUGCAGAAGCGCACGUUCUACGUCCAGGAGGGCCGCAUCCGCACGCAGUUCCACUACGACGACCUCCGCAUCACGCGUUCCACGCGCGUGCACACGAAGGAGCGGCACGCGGGCGCGAACGCCGCGUCCGCGUCCGGCGCGCAGGCCGCGUCCGGCGGCGACGCCCGCGGCGGCGGCGCCGCGGCGGGCGGCGGCGGCGACGGCGACGCCGAGUCCAUGCAGCUCGUGCUCGCCGCGGAGCGCGACUGCCUCACGGAGGUCCGGCGGUCGCAGCUCGAGAUGCUCGAGCUCCUCAAGCUGCGCCGCCGCGAGGAAACCAGUGUCGUCGUCGACCGGCCCAUCUUCGAGACGGCGCGCGAGCGCCGCGUCGAGGAGAAGACGGAGCAGGCCGCCGUCGAGAGCCAGGACGCGAUCGACCGGCUCCAGGUCGACUACCUCACGCCCUUCCUCCAGAACGUCAACGACCUCAACGCCAUUAGCUACGAGGAGGCCCAGCGCGCCCGCGACUCCUGCCUCAAGUCCCUCAAGGAGCGCCUCAUCGAGCGCGCGAACAUCAUCAUGACGCGCCUCAACGACGAGAACGCGAAGCUCGCGAAGAAGCAGGCCACGUUCCAGCGCAACCAGCGCGACAACGACCCCAGCGCCGAGGAGGACUUCGAGCGCUUCUGCUCCGAGGCCAUGUUCCGGAUACAGAUCCUCGAGCAGCGCCUCGCGUCCCACGAGGAGACCGCGCUCAAGAAGUUCCAGGACCUCGACGAGAAGCUCUGCGCCGACCCCCGCCUC